UUUCACAACUAUUAGCACAUCAACUUUGCUGGCAGUCCGUGUGUGUGUGUGUGUGUGUGUGUGUGGAGGACCAGUGGCUAGUGACAUUAGAGGACGAGCGGCUGGCUACAGUGUUGUGGCCGGCGCUGGUCAGUCUUGCCCCACACACUCUGGUAAUAAGUGUUUCCGUAUUCCCGGCAGCUUCUCCCUGUACCAAGCAGCGCCACGCAUCACCAGAGAGCCACGAGUACGUAAGUACACAGCGAGCCGUCAUCUCUGUCUGCUGGUCCCUGCGUGGUCUCCAGCCACCAGCUGAUCGCACCUGCAGGAGGACUCAGACCAAGACCCAAAAGCCAAGACAAUCCUGUGGUCUUCUCGUAUUUACCUUCAUUAUAAGGCACUGAGGACCCGUGGGGCGCUGGGCGGCGAGGAGAGGACUCUUAAAUAAACACAAAUGUAGAGACAGGACACCAGGACCACCACCACCACCACCUCCACCACCACCACCACCACCACCACCACCACCACCACCACCACCAUAAUGGAAGAAGGGGUAGAGGCCAGUGGGGUCGGGGGCAGUGGAGGCCUCCGCCCCACCUCCCCCUCCGCACCCCCCACCGUCACCACCAUUAGGGAGAACCUGGCUAACCUCCUGGAGCUGAAGAGGGUGCAUCAGGAGAGGCUGGAGAAGGUAGAAGAUGAACUGUCCAAGCUUCAGAAAUAUAAAAAGGACUAUGAACAUCUCCUGAAGAGGCUGAAGACACUGCCGGACAAGAUUACCCAUGAGGUAAUGGUGCCCCUAGGAACGCUGGCGGUGGUGCCUGGUCAGCUGAUCCACACCAAUGAGGUACUGGUGCUGCUUGGAGACAACUGGUUCGCUGAGAGGAGUGCCAAGCAAGCCAUCCACAUUGUCAGGAGGAGAAUCAAGGAUUGCGAGGACAAGAUUCGGAGCUGUGAGGAGACCCAGAGAAUUCACUUAGGGUGGCUGAAGGAGGCGGAGGAGGUGCUGCAGGGUGAGCAGGGUGACCAGGUGGAAAUAAUAGAGGAAAUGACUGAAGAGGAAUACCAGCGCAGCCAGGAAGAACACAGGCGUAGGGUGAAAGCACAGUACACACAGCUCACCGAGAGUUCAACCUGUCACCCUGCCUCACCCCCGUCACCCCCGUCACCCCCGGCCUACGUGGAGGGGCUGGGGGAGGGGGGGAAGAGGAGCUAUGAGGAUUUAAUGAGGCGCCUGGACCAGCUGGAGGUUGAGGAAUUAGGGGAAGGAAUGGAGCCACUGGAGGAAGAAGACGAGGAGGAGGAGGAGGAGGAGGAAGAAGACGAGGAGGAGGAGGAUGAAGACGAAGCAUUUACCACAGGAACGGCCAGUGACGCAGACGCAGAAAAAGCCGUAACAUUUAAACCAAGACUCCGAUUGCACAGCGCAGAGGCGGGGGGGUGCGUCGAGGAGGACCGAGCCCCCACAGACGACACGGACGACGAAUCCUCCCAGCCACGGCUCGGAAAAACCCCUAUUUUCUCCGUAAACAUCGGCUAAAAACGUCGCGUAAGCUGGGCGGACGACGCGAGGCCCUUGUACAACGAUUAUUCCCGACGACAGCAGUGCCGAUAUACACCACAUAGCCUACACCAGCGGCUCCACAGCUCCGUCAACACUUCCUCUGGGUGUAGAUGGCGCUGUGGGGCCUGCCGCUGCUGUCAAAGAGGCCGCAGAAUACGAGGGGGACAUUAAAAGCCCUUCGGAUAUAUUUAAGGUGUUCGGACAGCCCUUCAGCCAGUCCUUUGAUGAUAAGGAUGCGGUGUUGUCCUCCUCUCCACCAAUCAAAAGCAUCUUGAAAAAAUCGAUGUCCCUUCCUGCCGAUGGCAGCAGUCACGGAGGGGAGGUGGAGGAGGGAGGGGCCGGCCUUGGGGAGGAAGGGGGUGGUGCUGCCCCCCAAGCCCCUGCCAGAUGUGGAGGGGGAGGAAGAGGAGGAAGAGGAGGUCCCCCCGCCUCCCCCAUCACCCCCACCCAAGCGGUCACUGUCUUUCAAGCCUGCGUUCUCCUACCGAGUGCUGGAAAGGAAGGGGGCUGCUGCUGCUGCUGCUGCCGCCACCACCACCACCACCGCCUCCACCACCAGCGCCACCAAGAUUUCAAAGUUUCGCGCCUCUAGGAUGAAAAAGUAAAUAAACACAUGCACAAACAAACACACACACACACGCGCGCGCACACACACACACGCACGUACAUAUUGGCUGUCUGUUAUUUUUGUUUGUUUGUUUGUUUGUUUGUUGUUGUUGUUGUUGUUCGUGUGUGUGCGUGUGUGUAUAGGUUAGUCUCUCUCUCUCUCUCUCUCUCUCUCUCUCUCUCUCUCUCUCUCUCUCUCUCUCUCUCUCUCUCUCUCUCUCUCUCUCUCU